CACGAACGGCCCAAACAAUCACGGCACCAUUCAUCUGUUUAUUUAUUUUUAUAUUUAAAUAGAUCGACAAGCCCGUAAUUCAUGUUCGUCUUCCCUGAUUUAGGGUUUUGUGAUUUUCGUCAUCUGGUUUUCCCUUCCGAUUCGCCGUCAUGGGAAGAAGACCGGCAAGAUGUUACCGUCAGAUUAAGAACAAGCCAUACCCAAAAUCAAGGUAUUGUCGUGGUGUACCUGAUCCUAAGAUUAGGAUUUAUGAUGUUGGAAUGAAGAAGAAAGGAGUAGAUGAAUUUCCUUUUUGUGUGCACCUUGUGAGUUGGGAAAAGGAAAAUGUGUCGAGUGAAGCUCUGGAAGCUGCACGUAUUGCUUGCAACAAGUACAUGGCUAAGUUUGCUGGGAAAGAUGCUUUCCAUCUAAGGGUUAGGGUGCACCCAUUCCAUGUGCUUCGUAUCAACAAGAUGCUUUCAUGUGCUGGGGCUGAUAGGCUCCAGACUGGUAUGAGGGGUGCUUUCGGUAAACCUCAGGGAACGUGUGCUCGUGUUGCCAUCGGGCAAGUCCUUCUCUCUGUUAGGUGCAAGGACAGUAACAGCCAUCAUGCUCAGGAGGCUCUUCGUCGUGCUAAGUUCAAGUUCCCUGGACGUCAAAAGAUUAUUGUCAGCAGGAAGUGGGGAUUCACCAAAUACAACCGUGCGGAUUAUCUCAAGUACAAAUCUGAGGGCAGGAUUUUACCUGAUGGAGUUAAUGCAAAGCUCCUUGGUUGCCAUGGACCUCUAUCUAAUCGUCAACCUGGUAGAGCAUUUUUAACAUCUGCAACUGCUUCUGCAUGAGUGAGGAGACGAGCUUUGAUACUUAUUUAGCUUUGUACUGUGAUCGAUCCAAACCUAAACCCUUUGUGGUUGUAGUUUCGAGUUCAUGUCAUUUGUGGAGACUAUCACUGUCACUUUGUCUUGUUUCGUACAUGUUCCACCUUUGAAUCUCGCUUUGCAUUUUGUA